GAAAGCAAAAAGGAAAAGAACCAGAAAUAAGUGAUAAUUUAGCAAUAGCAACAUCUUCAAGAUCAUCUAAAAGACCAAAAAAUAAAAACAAUUCAAAUGAAAUUUUACAAAUUAAUAAUAUUGAAGCAAGACAACAAUGGUUAGAGCAAGAAAAGCAGGCAAUUGAAUUAUUAAGACAGAAGGUUGCUUUGGAAAAAGAAUUAUCUGAGUUGAGAAAUAGAGAGAAUAUUGAUGAAUAA